AUGGCUAAUUCUAAUAGAAGAAAUAAUGGUACUGAGAGCCUUGUGGUUGAUGGUGCCUUGUCUUCCGAUCAAGAUUGGCUAGAUAGACCAUUUGAGGAGGCGGAAAUUUUUGAUGUCAUACAAAAUUUUAAUGGUGAUAAAUCGCCUGGACCAGAUGGAUUUACAAUGGCUUUCUUCCAAGCUUGCUGGGGGAUUCUCAAACUUGAUCUUAUGGCUGUGUUCCAUCAUUUUUUUGCUAAAGGCCAGUUUGAGAAAAGCUUGAAUGCUACUUUCAUCACUCUCAUUCCUAAAAAAGAUGAAGCAAUUGAAGUAAAGGAUUUUCGCCCUAUUAGUCUUGUUGGGGGGGUUUAUAAGAUCAUUGCUAAGAAUGCUUUUGUGAGGAACAGGCAGAUUCUUGACCCUGUACUUAUUGCUAAUGAAUGCCUUGAUAUUACUAGAACGGGGUGGGUUCUCUGUCAAAUGGAGGCGGUGGAUUUUCUUUUGUAUAUCUAUAGUUUGUUUCUCCAUUCUGAUAAAUGGCACUCCUUGUGGUUUGAGAGCUCUAGGGGGUUGAGACAAGGUGACCCAUUGUCUCCUUUGUUGUUUGUCUUGGUUAUGGAAGCCCUAGGGAGAAUGUUGGAUAAAGCUGUCCAUGAUGGUCACAUGUCAGGCUUUGGUGUGGGGCGUAUAGAGGGAAGAGCUUGGUGGUGUCUCAACUUCUCUUUGCGGACGAUACUCUAA